UUCUGUUUGAAAUACAUCUUAUGAAAGGUCCUAAACCUCAGAAAUAUUUUUCCUUUUGUACAAUAACCAUGGCUCAGUUAGCUAAAAUUAUGUCCUCUUUAGACUUAGUUGUCACUUUUGUUCCCUUAAAAUGUAAGACUGUAUUUUUUGUAUCAGUCUAGAGACGUUUGCUGUUAGAARUGUGCUGGUUCAAUUGCAUUUCUGAACUCUGACCACUAGGGGGCGCUGCUUGGUGAAUACAAACAGAAAGGGCCCGCUAGGAAUCAUGGGAYUUUUAGUUGUCCUGUCGAGGACAUUUGACUUGGAUCGAAGAACAAAAAAAAAAGUCUCAAAUUAAAAUAUCUGUAUUGAAUAAGGUAACAAAAAGUUAUUCAUACACUACGAUUCUUGACAAAUUCAAGUCAAUUUAGUCGUCGCGCGCARCGGAGCGGCUAACUUGCUGGGGGAAGAAAACCCAAACAGGAAGUCGUUAGCUUUGUGGGACGUGUAGUUCCGUAUGCAGGCCGCCUAGCUUGAUAGCAACGCAUAUAAAAAUAAACAUCAAUAAAACACUCCGAAGGUCGCGUUUUAGCCUCGUCUUUUGGAGGAAACAUGCCUGGGUUCACGUGUUGUGUCCCCGGCUGCUACAACAACUCGCAUCGGGACCGGGACCUGCGCUUCUACACGUUCCCUAAGGAUAACGCGCUGAGGGAGCAGUGGCUGAGGAACAUCUCCCGGGCCGGGGUCAGCGGCUGCUUCAGCACCUUUCAGCCCACCACGGGGCACCGAGUCUGCAGCGACCACUUCGCCGGCGGCAGGAAAACCUACAGCAUCCGAGUGCCGUCCCUGUUCCCUCUGCGGGGGGUGAACGAGCGCCGGAGUCGGCGGGGAAGAGGGAGGAAGGUGUCCGCGGCGAUCCCCGCCCCCGCCGCCAGCGUCCCGGGAAACACGGCCGUGGGAGCCGAGGGCAACGCCGGAGGUGAAGCGGUGGACGAAGGCAUCACCGUGGUUCAGAUAGGCCAGAACGGGGAGUACUUGGGCACCGCGCGSAUGCCCGUCCAAACUGAGGGGACUUGUUACAGCGCACCAGUGGAUGUAGAACAGAUCACAACCGAGGAGUCGUCGGGGGAAGCCGGGGUGUCCGAGCACCAGCUGCCGGUACCGGUGCACUACUUCAGCUUGACCCGCUGUCCGGUGGAUCACCCUUAUUCCCUGACCAUCGGCACCACGUCGGCCGAGCUGCUCCGGAAACUGAACGAACAGCGGGACAUCAUCGCGCUGAUGGACGUGAAGAUGAAGGAGAUGAAGGCGACCAUCCGCCAGCUGCGGGUGGCAGAGGCCAAGCUCCAGGAGGAGGUGCGGGAACGGGACAGGCUGCUGUGCGGCCAGGCGGCGGUGGCUGCCGGCAUCCGGAAGAAAAACUGAAACUCUUGUUAAAAAAAAUAUAAAAGACCCGAAAACAAGUCCUCAAACUGAAAAAUAAUAACAACUUGUUUUAAACAAGUUGUUCUGGUUUUAAAGGAAAAUGACUGCCUGGUUUAUGUAGCAGAUAGUACAAAAACACUUAGAAAACAGUUUUUUCCCCCUGCGCUCUUCACACGGAUCAUCACAAAGAUGCAAUGAACUGCCAAGCUAAAAGGAGUAUUUUUGUUUUUUAAUUUUGACUUUGUUUUCUUUUGUUUGAGCUUAAACUAGUUUGAUGUUGUAAACAUUUUCUGAUGAUAAACCUCAAAAAUAUGAAGUAGGAUUAUUUUUGUUUAUAAAGCAAACACUACUUCUGGCUCAGCAGAAGUCAUGUCUGCUUUUAUGUGUAUUUAAAUUAAUUUACCUUUUGUUGAUAAAAAAAAACAGAGUGCCGAAAAUAUAAAGACAUGGAUUGUUACAUUUUUAUAACAGCUUUAUCAAAAUGUAGAAAUCUCUUUUAUUUUUCAAGAUAUGCAGCGUUCUCAAAUAUUUUUCCCUUCAUCACCAGCUUGUUGUUAUGUGCCUGUUUUUGUAGUGGUUGCAUCUUUUACACAUUUCUGAUCUUAGUCUGACAGUGACGCUCCCAAACAAGCAAAGUUACUUAAGUGUUGCUUAUUUCUCAAGCCUGUCCAGUUGUGAGCUGACAUGAAGCUCCUGGAGUGUUGAGUUUUCUGAUGCACAGGAUAAAAYCUGUUUGCCAGCAGCGUGUGGGGUUUGCUUUAUUUUAGGAAAAAAUGAGCUGAAACCUUUGCUGUGGCUCCUAUAAACUCCAUUAAAAACAGUUUAUUUUUCGUCCAGCUGAGUUGAUUUGUGGAAAAACUAAUAAAACAUUAUGAAAUUGUC